CCCGCCUGGAUGGUGACCCGAGCUCUGGCCCUCGGGGGUCUCCCUCCUCCCCUCCUGGGGCGGGUGGAGUGGACGCGUCCGGACCCCCGGGGUCCCGCCCCGACGGCCGCUCCGCCCCCAGGCAGCCGGGCAGCCGAAGCCCUCGAGAAUGGAGGUUCUGGACGAGUUCGACAGCGAGUUCCCCCAGAGUGUGACCUUCUGCCAGCUCAUCUCCGAGGAGGACUUCGAGAGGCAGGCGGCGACCUACACUGAGCGCGCGCUGCGCCUCCUCUUCCGCAGCCUCGAACGCAACCCGGCGCUGGCCGAGAGGGUGGUGCGCAAGGGCAAGCAGGCGGAGUGCGAGCGGCGCGGGCUCCUGUCCUUUCUCUGGGCCAAGGUCUUGUGUGCCGUCCAGGGGGAGCUGAACUGUUGCAACAGCAUGGGCGCCCUGGAGAUGCACCAGCGCCUGGAGCAGCUCAAGAGGCGCAUCCACCGCGUGUACUUCUACUCCCAGGAUGCCAAGAAGAAGAGAAGCAAGCCAAAACCGAAGAAACCAGAACCCAUCCUCUUACGGGACCGGUCGACCUCCCCGUGCCUGCCACCAACCCUGCUGCCACCGCCUGCCACCACCAUGGCCCCCAUGGUGGCCCCAUCAACCCCUGUCUACACUCUUCCCAGGGUCUUUGGCCCCUUCCCUCCGCUGCCCAGCACGUCGAUGGAGCAAUUGGAAGUUUCGAGGUCUGAAGCAAAAUUGAACUGGACUGGCCUGUCAUCGAACCCGAAGAGCCGCGUAGUCGAUCUGACCCCCUUGGUCCUCAAUCCUGGAGGCUUCCAGUUCUCGUACUUGGCCAGGAACAAUGCGCACAAUCUCCACUGCCCUGGCUUCCCCUGGACCUCAGCCUGUAGUGGUUCUGCCAGCACCGAGGAGAUGCUAUCCCCAUCUGUGAAGGCCUCCAUCUUCACCCCGCCUGUCCUGCUCAAGUUCCAGCCUGUGCCCAGACCCAAAGAUGACUCAGAGAAUGACCCUGGCAGCGCAGAGUCCACGCCCCACCAGAGGGACCCAUAACCUCUUCUGUACAGACCACGGCAGGAGAAUGAAUAAAGUUCCCCUGGUGGUGCCUUCCUCGUGCCAUGCCCCCCAGGGG